UACCUGUAACUUCUAGUGCAAAUGAAGCCCUUGUUAGUUAUCCUACUAUUCAAGAUCAACAAGAUGAUGAAAUAGAACAAGUUUUGGAUGAUUAUGAGAAAGAAGAACUUAGCGAAAUUGAAGCUUAUAUGGCAGAUAGUCAAAAAGAAUAUGAGGGUGAAACUGACCUUUUACCUCUUGACUACAAUUUUUGA